AUGUCUCGCGCGGCGACAUCAACUAAGAGAGACCAGACGAUCAGGGAGAAGAAGGCCUCUGAGGCCGUUCCGCCACCCAUGGACGCCAUUUCGGUCUUUACAUUCUUCUGGUCGCAACUCAUGUUACUCCAAUGUGUCAAGCUUUUCUUCAUAUUCAAGAGUUCGCGCACUGUAGAAAACGCCAUACCUCUAGUUUCUCUGGCUGUUGUCGACUUCCUCGCUCUAGUCAAGCCACGCUGCCGUUAUGUGACGAUGACUUCCCUUUUGGUCGGCUUUGUCGUCAUCUUCAUCACUGGUCACUACAGUAACCACAUUUUCGCCGACAUCGCCCUCGGAUCAUGCGUGUUCCUCACAUACAAGAACGAUCGUUCAGAGUGGGUGAACAGAGCCACGUGGGCUAUGCGUGCUAUGAUAAUCGCCCUCUACUUUGUUACUGGAAUCGAUAAGAUGAACGGUGGCUGGGCCAGCCACGAGUAUAGCUGCUGUAUUCUCAUGUUCGGCGGGUUCGUCGAUCUUCCCUUGUUCAAGUUCUGGGUUCCUUCUUGGGCCCCUUGGGACUUCAUGCCUCAUCUCGCCGUCAUCAUUGAGAUAGGCCUUCCCAUCGCUCUCCUCCUCGCGGCUGCCAAGGGCACUUACUUUUGGCUUCGCUUCGUGUGCUUCUGGGGUGCCCUCUUCCACUGCGUUCUCGCUGAGACUGUAUCUCCUAUGAGCGUCUAUCCGUUCACCAUGGCCAUGGCUCCCAUGUACACUUUCGUGCUCCCCGAGCAAGCGGCUCUUGUUGCCAACAAGGUUCUCAACUGGUUGAAUGCGCAACCUGUUCUCCGUUGGGGCGGCUUCCUCGGCAUCUUCUUCUCAUUCGUGAGCGCUUGGCCUCAGCUGAUGGCUUCCGAUUUGAACGGAGCUAGGCCAUUCGAGUAUCCCCCCUACGGCCUGUGGUCAUUCGCUGCCGUGUGGAGUCUGUGUUCUUGCGUCUAUCUUCUCUGCGUUACCUUCUGGCCCGCACCCAAGAGUGAUGUCCCCGUCAAGAGGGUCUACGCUAAGCGCAGUCUCCUCGGCAGCCUCCCAUGGAUCUUCAUCUGCUGCCUUGCUGCAUGCCCCUAUCUCGGGAUCCGCAACUACCCCGCCUUGGCGAUGUUCUCAAACCUCCGCACUGAAGGUGGUCAGCCCAACUCCUUCGUCUUUGGUGAUGAUUUUGAUUUCCUCGGCUACCAGAGGGACUACGUGACGAUUCACAGCACCAACAUUCCAAGCGUCGAGUGGGCACAGGUAGACCUUGGUCAGCUCUUCACCGGCGAGACUAAGAGGUUCCUCCAUGAGUACAACAUCUCUAGCGAAUUCUGGAUCACUCCACCUGGCAAGGGCUGGCCCUACCCACCCACGAGGGAGUUUGUGCCUUAUUCUACUCCCUUUGUCGAGCUCCGUCGUCGUGUCGCUGAGAUGAAGGACCUCCCCAAGGAUGCUUACAUCAAUUAUACUCGCACGCAAGCUCCUCCUCAGUUGCGUCUCGCUAAGGUCUGGGAUCUCCUUGGAGUGGCCCAUCCCAUGGACGAUCUGUCCAGCCCUGUCAGCCAGGACUUCGUCUACAACAGCACUGUCCGUGGUACAGAAGAUUUCAAGGACCUUGAGACUCCUCUCACGCCUAUGGAGAAUCGUUUCGUACGGUUCCGUACUUUCGAUCUGUCCUACAGUCCGUGCCGCCAUUAAGAGUCGAAAGCAUUUGUGAGAUUCGGAAAAGUAAAGCCGCGUGUAGGGCUACUGCUGUUCAAUCUAGUUCC